AUGUCAGCUUCGAUCACAGCCGCAGAGUUGGAGACUCUCUCCCAGAAGGCCAUUGCAGCCAAAGACCGUGCCUACUGUGUGUACUCGAAGUUCCGUGUCGGUGCAUGUCUUCUCACCGAGAGCGGGGAGUUCAUCACCGGCGUAAACGUCGAGAACGUCAGCUACCCCGUCGGCGUAUGCGCUGAGCGAUGCGCGAUGGGGACGGCAGUGGCGGCGGGCCAUACUCGAUUCAAGGCCAUCGCUGUGGCUACGGAUAUCACUCCCGGAGCUUCGCCGUGUGGUAUGUGUCGGCAGUUUAUGCGCCAAUUCUGUGCCUUAGAUUUCCCUAUCUACAUGUAUGAUGGACAGGGGAAGUAUACGAUGCGGACGAUGGGAGAGCUGCUUCCUGCCUCCUUCAGCCCGGCGGAUCUGCCGCCGCCCGAUAGCUAG